GCUGCCCUGAGACGCACAGAUGUCAUUCUGGAAGUAGGCCCGGGAACUGGCAACCUGACUGUAAAGUUGUUAGAAAAAGUAAAAAAAGUUAUUGCUUGUGAAAUUGACCCUAGACUUGUUGGUGAACUGCAGAAGAGGGUCCAGGGAACAUGUCUGGCAAACAAACUUGAAAUCAAGGUUGGAGAUAUCUUGAAAACAGACUUACCAUUUUUUGAUGCAUGUGUGGCUAACUUGCCUUACCAGAUUUCUUCACCUUUUGUUUUCAAGUUGUUGCUUCAUAGACCUUUUUUCAGGUGUGCAAUACUUAUGUUUCAAAGGGAAUUUGCGCUUCGUUUGGUUGCAAAACCAGGAACUAAACUAUACUGCAGACUCUCUAUUAAUACUCAGUUAUUAGCUCGAGUGGACCAUCUGAUGAAGGUUGGAAAGAACAACUUCAGGCCUCCUCCCAAAGUUGAAUCCAGUGUUGUCAGAAUAGAGCCAAAGAAUCCACCACCACCUAUCAAUUUCCAGGAGUGGGAUGGUCUGGUGAGGAUAGCCUUUGUUAGGAAAAACAAGACACUCUCCGCAGCAUUUAAGUCAAGUGCUGUGGAGCAGCUGCUGGAUCAUAAUUACCGAAUUCAUUGUUCCUUACAUAAUACAGAAAUACCCGAGAACUUCAAAAUUGCAGAGAAAAUACAGACAGUCCUAAAAAAUACAGGUUACUCUGAAAAACGAGCCCGUUCAAUGGAUAUAGAUGAUUUCAUUAGACUGUUGCAUGGCUUCAAUUCAGAAGGCAUCCAUUUCUCAUAG